AGGUAUUGAUAUAAUUGGUGGGUGAACAAGUGUUUAAUAUGGCACAGUUGCUUCCUGCCUCUUGUUCUUUGAAUAUCUCCUCCAGCAGCAAACCUUAUGCAAUGUCGUUGAACCGAAGCUCAACUGUCUUUCGUGGAUCUUUUAGAUCAGGAACUUCCAGCUUUCCAUUGAAAAAAUUUGUUUCGGGAGGAAAGAGGUCAUAUAGAUUUGGUACCAUUUAUGCGACGGCUGUUUCUAUGAGCCAAGAAGCCAAGUCGCAGCCUGGAUCUGGCCCUCGCAAAAUCUCUAGUGAAGCAUCCAAAGCAAAACGAGUCAUGAUUAUCGGUGGUGAUGGCUACUGUGGUUGGGCUACCGCCCUCCACCUAUCCAACAAGAAUUAUGAAGUUGCCAUUGUUGAUAGCCUUGUUCGUCGUCUUUUUGACCACCAACUCGGACUUGACUCGCUCACACCCAUCUCAUCCAUCCAUAAUCGCAUACGGUGUUGGAAAUCUAUCACGGGGAAAACCCUCCAGCUGUACAUCGGUGAUAUAUGUGACUUUGAGUUCUUAGCAGAGACUUUCAAAUCGUUCGAACCUGAUGCUGUCGUUCAUUUUGGAGAGCAGAGGUCUGCCCCUUACUCCAUGAUUGACAGGUCAAGAGCUGUGUUCACCCAACACAACAACGUGAUUGGAACACUUAAUGUUCUCUUUGCCAUAAAGGAGUUCAGGGAUGAGUGUCAUCUAGUGAAACUUGGGACCAUGGGAGAAUAUGGGACCCCAAACAUAGACAUCGAGGAGGGUUACAUAACAAUUACUCAUAAUGGAAGAACAGAUACCUUGCCGUAUCCCAAGCAAGCAAGUUCCUUUUACCAUUUGAGUAAGGUUCAUGAUUCAAAUAAUAUUGCGUUUACUUGCAAGGCUUGGGGGAUCAGAGCCACUGAUCUGAACCAGGGAGUGGUCUAUGGGUUGAGGACGGAUGAGACAGCUAUGCAUGAAGAGCUUUGUAACAGGUUUGAUUAUGAUGGAGUAUUUGGAACUGCCUUGAAUCGAUUUUGUGUUCAAGCUUCAGUUGGCCAUCCACUUACCGUCUAUGGUAAAGGGGGGCAGACAAGGGGAUACCUGGACAUAAGAGACACGGUUCAGUGCGUUGAGCUUGCCAUUGCAAACCCGGCACAGCCUGGAGAGUUUCGGGUUUUCAAUCAAUUCACUGAGCAGUUUUCUGUCAAUGAACUUGCCACCCUUGUUACCAAGGCAAGUGAGAAGCUUGGGCUUGAGGUGAAAACCAUAUCUGUGCCCAACCCAAGAGUAGAGGCAGAGGAACAUUAUUACAAUGCGAAGCACACGAAACUCAUUGAGCUUGGACUCGAGCCUCACCUUCUUUCGGACUCUCUUCUGGAUUCAUUGCUCAACUUUGCCAUCCAGUUCAAGGAUCGUGUUGACACAAAGCAGAUACUGCCCAAUGUCUCUUGGAGAAAAAUUGGAGUCAAGCCAAAGACUGUUGUGGCCUAACCCAUCUCAUGUCUUAUUUCUGUUUUUUUUUAUACAAGCUGUUGUAUCUUUUUGAGCUUUAUAACUACUUGUUCUUGAAGUUUCAGUUGUAUCAAGCAAAAUGGUAGGCUGUAUUGGAAGUCCCCGAGGAUUUGUGUUUGUAGGAAAAAUGUAAACUCUAGCCUGAACUAGCUCUUUGGUUACAUAUAUAUUAUGUUUAAUACGCGACCGUCUCUAACAAAUGUAAGUUUGAUGAUAUCCAUAUGCAUGAACUGUUUAUAAAUAUUAGAAUGCAUAAAUUAUUC